CAUGACACCGGAUCACGUCACAUCCCUGUGACAGCUUCAUUUCUGAACCGCCAAGCUAUGACUUCAAAGAAAAGUAAACUAGAUCUUUUGGUCCGGGUUCGCUACUCGAACCCGCUGCCACCUCCACCAUUCCCUCCAAAACUCAUCAAUGUACCAACGCACCCUUCACGAUACGCCCGCUUUGACUAUACUUCAAAACUCGCCGAUGAAACUCCCUUCCCGAUGAUUGUAGAUGCAGAACUCGGGAUGCCCAUUGAUCUCAGUAAGUUUGACGAACUCUGGGAUUUUGACGACAUCACUCCAUUAGAGGAACCAAAAUCUCUUCCAGAUCUUGACCCAAAAGAUGCAUUCCUCGUGUCUGAUUUGCCAAUGUCGUUUACGAACGGAAACAUUGCUUCUGUCCCAGGCGCCGCUUCUACAACCAACGUUUCGUGGCUCCGGAGGACAGAAUACAUCAGUUCAAUCCCUUCAACACGCGCGUCCAGCGCAUACGAGCCAAAGCCCCACGAGGAACCCCUACCAGAUGUUUCGCAUGCAACUCAGAUUGCUGACAUUGAAGCCUCAUUCCGAAAUGCUUCAAUAAGUUCAGACCUCUCGACAUUGCGACAUCCGAGCAAGCCUCACCUGCGAGCCGUCGAUACUUUUGAAGUUCUGCCUGACACGCGAUUAUGGGCUAACGCAUAUGACCUCGUCCGUUUUUCAGAACGGCCCGGAGAGAGGCCAAUUGAUCAACCUGACCCUCGUCUGGAUUCUGCCAUCAUCCGUCCCACUAUCGGAGAAGAUGGCGAAUCGUUCCUAUCAUAUUAUCUAACAAAAGAUGACACCGAAGCAGCACAAUUCAUGUCAGCCAGGCGACAAUCAGAAGGCGGUGCAGAAGAACUGUUUGGUGAUGAGGAGGACGCUGAGAAAGUCAACGAACCCAUCGCGACAUUCCAGUUCGUGCGGGAUUACGAGACGAUCAAAAUUGAGACGGACGUGCCGAAUGAGUUCUUAUUGACGACAGAGAGUGGGGCAACAGGCCGUGGCGCCUUCUACAAGAAUAUCGAGCGGAAAUACGUUUUGAAGAAGAAGCGUCAGAAUCGGAACGAAGAAUACUCAGACAAAUGGGACAUCGUUCGACUCAGACAUGUUCCGUUUACGGCUGAACAACUUCAAGAGCGGGCAGAAGCACAAGCGGAAGUCGACGACCCCUCCUAUCUCGCAAAUUUGGCGGCUGCUGACGUGGACGGAGAUGCUGAAGCUGAUGAAGACGUUAAACCUACUGCAAGCAUGGAUCUAGAUGGGGAAUUAGCUGGAACCGACGCGGGGGCCGAUACGCAGGGCAUAAAGGAUGAGAGGAAGCCGGAAAUUGAACAGUCUGCUGAUGCUGAAAUGAAGAAUGUUGACGUUCAGGAGCAAAUGAGAGAUGAAGUAUUUGGGGGAGAAAGUGACAGUGAGGAGGAAGACCAGGAUUAUCAACGAUAA